UCUCAACUUUGCCACCAGGGGGCCAAAAGUGGAUAUCUAAAAAGUGUGAUAUCUCGCUUAUAAGUGACUUGUUUUCGAUAAAAUUUUUAUGGUAGGUACUCUUAGGAAGAAUACAUCACAUGUCUUACGGGUUUUCAAUUUGACCUACUUUUCAAGGUCACAGAGGUCAUAUGGCGUAAAUUGGCCGUUAGAGUGUAAACUAUGGCACGUUUCUUAACCAGUAAAACUAUGAACUUGAAACUUAGUGCAUAUAACCCCCUACAUCAGAUAACCUUUGAUGCCGAAUUUUGACCUGAUCUGAUUCUUUAUUCGACCACCAGGGGGCCAUAAUGGAAAAAGGAAGAAGUGCAAUAUCUUGCUUAUUUGAGUGAAUUGUUUUCGAUAAAAUUUUUAUGGCAGGGACUUCUAGCAAGGAUACACCACAUGUCCUACGAUUUUUGGAUUUGACCUCCUUUUCUAGGUCACAGAGGUCAAAUGGCGUAAAUUGGCCAUUAGAGUGUAACUAUGGCACGUUUCUUAACUGCUGAAGCUAUGAACUUGAAAGUUGGUACAUGUAACCCCCUACAUUAGAUAAUCUCUGACACCGAAUUUUGGCCUGAUCUGAUUCUUGAUUUGGCCACCAGGGGGUCAAAACUGAAAAAGUAGGAAGUGCAAUAUCUCGCUUAUUAAUGACUUUUUUUCGAUGAAUUUUUUAUUGCAGGGACUCUUAGCAAUCACACGAUAUUGAUCUUGUUGAUGUCAUAGACAAUUAUUGGUUGGAUCAUAAACUUAUAUAUACUGCCCUGUCUUAUUACUUGACAUCAAUACACAUCUAAAAAAAGUCUUCAUGCCUGAUUGUGUUCACCAUAUUCACCUCUAAACUAAGCAUGAUCCUGCCUACUAAAAGAUGUAUACGGUGAGCACAAUGGCCCCUGGCCGUUUCAUUUACCGUAUACCGUUCUAGCAUUCUGCAAAAGGGCUUUCCCGGGCAAGAGGAUAUGCCCACUUCUCAUACUGAGCUUUGCUAGCAUUGUCCCUUAGACUAGAAAUUUGAAGAUUGGGCUACCUCACAUGCCAAGUCGUGCUGACAACCACUCUGUUUGCUCCAGCCCGUUCCACAGAUUUUAUACCAAUAUCCUGGUAUCAAGGUUGGUUAAGCGAGGUUAGCAAGUGCAACAUUACAGGAGAGGGGUCGGAGGUAGUGUUUACAUAAUCUAAAACAAAAGUCCAAUUAACUUGACAAAAUUGGAACUUAUAUGUUCCAAAACUCAUACAACUAAGUUAUAACACCAAAUCCUGCUAAAAUAUCUAAGCAUAUGACCAAACAGGGCCUAAAUCAUUUCCCUAAAAUUCAACUACUGCUACACCCGUAUCUCAAAAUAGGUCCACCCCAUCCAUGAAUCCAAUCUAUCUUUAGCUCACUUUAGUAACUUAAUUAUAGGCCCCAGAUCCCGUCUGGGGACUAUAUUGAUAUCACUGGAAUUCUCGAAACUGUUAUUUUCUUCCACCAACACAUUUAUUGCGGUAGUCCAGCAAAACUGCUAAAUAAACCAGAAAUCAAUCACCCUUACACCACCAAACCCAAUUCCAUCUAUGGACUAUCGCAAAAGUAUUUUAAAAAUCCUGAGUAUUUCGAUACUUUUGAAGCAUUGUUUGCUGAGAUAUCGUCUUCUCCCAACAUGCCGAAGCCGCGAUUCAAUCUGACAUGCGCUGUGACAUGCGCAGAGGCCAGACGCUGAUACAUUAGCAUAAGCUCCGCCCCGUCAUAAUGACAUCAUUAUUCUCAGGGGUUGGUCGAGCGAUGGGAUGAUGGAGGUAUUAUAAAGAAACCCAAUUCGAUUCAUGGACUAUCGCAAAACGAUUUUUCAAAACUCAGAAUAUUUUGAUGCUUUAGAUGCAUUUUUGUGCUGCAAUUUUGACGAGAGUAUCGGGUCAAGGUCAAAUACUACACUCAGGCUGUUAAUUCGAACGCGUUCGACUCGAGUAUUUGCACACGUUCUUCUUCGUAGUUUGACUACAGUCGAGUUUCUUACUCGGUUUCUACUCGGUUGACAUGACGUAAUUUGCGUCGAGUGCGCACGCACAUUCUAAACCAUGUGCAGAUACUGCCUUUGUUUGCAAGAAGAGCGCGCUGACUGAAAGAUAGCAAAGAUAGGUGAGUGCAGUUUUCUUCUUCGAAAAUCACCAAGAUACUUCCGUGUUGAAAUGCUUUAUAAGUCAUUGAUAAGUGGUUGCUUGUAGUAGCUGUUGUUUUAUGAUAUUGUCCGUACAAAGUUCAUUGUAUCAAUGCUGUUGGUCGCCUGACGGCGGAGUCCUUGAACGCCGAUCAGAUUGUUGAUGUUCAAGAUUUGAUGAUGAUGGCCGCCAUAUCUCGUGUUCAUGUACUGCAACGUGCAAUGACAGUCCGCCGUCGGUCGGAGGCGAGUAGUUACGUGAUAUCAUCGAAAUGUCGGGGUGGUGUUUGAAGGAUUGGUUCGCAUGCGAUGCCUCGAAUUGUCAAGUGAAGUGCCGAUGUCGAUGACGUUUUGUAUCUGUCAGUGUCAUACAUGCUGUAGGCCUAGCAUAGUGCAUCACAAUGCAUGUAGACCUAGGCUAGGCCACAUGGAAAAAAUAUGGCAACAAAAUAUUAUUAACAUUUGAAAAGCUCCAUCCUGACCUAGGUUGCGGUUCAUGAUGCGCACGCAACAAUACCUGGUACGCAUGCGCAGUGAAAACCGGUGAAAAAAAUUUCGAGUUGUUCUAUCUUUGUCGCGAGUGGCGCUGCAUUUCUGAGUUUGGCAAGUCAAGUAUUGAAUUGCUACAUUAUGCAAUUGUCACAUUAUGCAAUAGUGUCGAACUUCUGAUUGCCAUAGGCGUAAAACAUUUCCACGAUUGUAUAACUGUUUUCACUGUAACUGUCGACUUUAUGCCAUAAUUUGGAAUUUUCUUACAAUUUCAGUUGAACUGUAUUGCAGUCUCCUCCUGUAAUUCUGUUACAUGCAUGAAAAUUAUUAUGCAUUUUAGAAGUGUACUGAUUGCUUUUAAAUUGUGUUUAUUUCAGUCAUCGUCAUUAUUGAUAGCUACGCUUCACGAACUCAACUAAAGUACUAGUAUACCUGCAGCACGCAUUACCCCAGUUAGCCAGCUUGUUCUUCCAACGUCAGACACCUUGUUACAACUAAAGAUGAACCUAUCCAGAGCACUCAAGGCGCCUGCGCAUGAAACUAUCAAGGCACCACUUAAAGUCACCAUUGUCGCAUUGUCAACCAAGAAAACCAUCAAGGCCACUAAUAACACUACAAUUACCUUCUGGACAGCAGCAAUUGCAGACGAAAACACAGUCACUAAGAUCAACUUGUAUGAUGAACACCUUGUUGCCAAAUGCAACCCAAACAAGACCGUUAUCAUGACUUCAACGAAAUCCAGAGCCGACCAUCUCACGACCAACCCCGAAACACGCAUUUACAGCACGAAAUUCAUGCACGUACCAGAACAACUUAUCAACGAAGGCAAACUCCUCAUCAACCCACCAGAUGCACACAUUGUCACGCUCAAGAAUGCUGCUACUUCACCACUAAAAACACGUCUCUCGGUCCAAGGGACAGUCACACAGGUUGAAGAAAAAAAGACAGUAAUUGCCAAGGGCAAACCAGUCCAAAUCCAGACAGUGACUUUGAAGGACAAAACGGCAUUGGUGAAAUGUACUCUUUGGAGAGAGGCAGCUGACACCAACCUUAUGACCCCAGGAAACCACGUCAAAAUCACCAACGCGUACACACAUUACAGCACCUUCCACAAGGCCCAACAAUUGAACACAUCGGAUGAUUCAUCUAUAACACUCGUCGAAGAACCGCCACGCUUUGCUCAACAACAGUUGAUUGCUAUCGACAUUUCAGAAAUCCCAGAUGAGUUGACAGUACUUGCUGAGGAGGACGAUAACUACCAAGAAUUCAGCACAACCAAACAAGUUGUCCUUCAGGCCUUCGAAGUCGAAUCCCUUGAUGACAUACAAGACAUCCUCCCAGCUACUGCCACCGUCACCAUCAGAAACAAAUGCAUCACUGCAAUUGCCCUAGCAUAAAGGCCAAUGCCUAAUACAGGCUACAUUCUAAACAAUGGUCAGACAGAAAAUGCAUAGUCUUCUAUAGCAUUCCAUUGACUUCAACGCAUAAACAUAAUCAAAGGAUUCAACCGUGUUCUGGUCAAUUUCACUAAUUGCAUUUUCGAAUCACAAACAAUGAUUGAUUACAUAUAUUUCACUUUCUUCAGAACUUCAUCAUUUUGCAUAUGUAUCAACAUUCCUCUAUUGGUGUCGCAAUGGUCGUCCACGUACUUCUGAAACAGCAACUUCUCUGUCAUUUCGUAACAUAUAGACAACUGCAUCUUGUCGUCACAACUGUUGAUAAACGUACUGCUGUCUCAUUGCAAUCUUACCAUAUUUGUAUUUAGCAUAUUUGUAUCUACAUAGUAUAUAUAUCAACAUAUGAUCCCAGUAAUUCAUUAUCUCUGCACUUUAAAUCACAUGGCAAUUAGGAUCACAAGCCGUGAUCACAUGUACAAUUGUGUCUCUCCAAUUCCUUUGUAAUUUUCACAGUGCUAUGACUAUAGCAUCUUAUAAUCACAACUUCGGAUCCAAGUAAUUUUCUUUCUUUCAUAUAAUAUCCUAACUCUUCCACGUCCUAAUCACAUGCACUGUUUGUAUCAACCUCCACUUCACCAUGUCUUAAUACUGUAACCCUGGAAAUUUUCGCUGGCUUUUUAAUUUUGCUGUUUUCGCGGUUGUCCAUGAUCCGCGAAAAUAACCAGCAUAAAAUAUUAAGUUUUAUUGGAGUUAACUGAAGAACCAUAGUGCCUCCGCAAAAUUCAAAAGCGUAAAAUAUAGAUUCUUCAAGCAAUUUCCAGAAAUCCGCAAAAAUUUCCAGCCGCGAAUAUUUCCCGGUUUACAGUACAUGUCUUUGUAUUUUCAUUGUAAAUAUAAGCGUUCAAAUUUAGAGUACCGUAUUUUCCGGCGUAUGACCCGCGGCUUUUUGCCCUCAAACAGGCCCAAAAAGUGGGGGUGCGGGUAAUACAAAGGUGCGGGUCUUGCGUGGAUUCUGAGAGGGAUAAGCCCCAACCCCAAAGAAAAAAAAGGGGACCAAACUGGUUACUUGAUAAGGAUUUAUGUCCAUCGUUUUCGCAUUGUUUUCAACCAAUAUUUCCGCCAUGAUCGCAUAGUUUGUGAUGUCUCCGCUAGGGAAAAUAGUUACGGCCAUGCUGGAAUUGAUCCACUUUGGUUAACAAUUAAAAAAAACAUGGCGGUUCUAGGAUGUCAACAUCAAUGAAUGGCUUACUAUUUUUGGAGAAUGCGUGUCUUGGAGCAGUGCGGGUCAUAAUCAGGUGCGGGUCUUGCGUGGCUUUAGGUAAUGGUCAAAGGGGGUGCGGGUCAUAGGGCAGUGCGGGGGAUAAUCCGGAAAAUACGGUAUAUACAAUUAGAUUUAAACGUUACAAAUUCCAUUUCCAUACCAAACUUGUAUGUAACUCUAAUCCAACUAUACCUUCUUUUCUUUGCGUAUAAUAUGCUUGGUAAUUACUUGUAAAUAUAUCGUUUAAACUUAUAUUAAUAUUAAAAAAAAUUGCAACGAACCAAAUUGCAUUUGCUACCUCCACAACAAAUCAGCAUAUCACAAGUGCCAGUGGCCAGCAUAUCGUUUCAUUCCUUCUCAAUCUCUGUAUGGUGCUCAUUUGUAAUUACAUGCCUCCUCGAUCUCACUGCA